UGCUACAGUUUGCGUGUUUUCUGACACAAGCUCCGGAGGAGAAGAGCGGCGCGGCUGUGAAACUUGUGUCCGAUUGGAGUGACGGGGACGCCGGCGGGUGACCCGGUGAAGCCCGGGGCUCGAACAUGGGCCUCCUGGCGAGGAUACGAAAGGAGUGGUUCAUCAUCGGGAUCGUGCUGGUCAUCUUAUCGGCCAAACUGCAGCCAAGCGUCGGUGUCAAAGGAGGUCCGCUGAGGCCAGAGGUCACCGUCGCGUACUUUGCCGUCUCGCUCAUCUUCUUCAACAGCGGCCUGUCGCUGAGGACGGAGGAGUUGACCAGUGCGUUGCUUCACUUUCGCCUCCAUCUCUUCGUUCAGUCGUUCACGCUGGUUUUCUUCCCGCUGGCCGUGUGGCUGCUGCUCAGAGUGCUGGAGCUGACGCCCAUCGACCAAUGGCUGCUCAAAGGGUUACAGACGGUGAGCUGCAUGCCUCCUCCAGUCUCCUCCGCUGUGAUCCUCACUAGGGCUGUCGGUGGUAACGAGGCUGCGGCCAUCUUUAACUCAGCGUUUGGAAGCUUCUUGGGAAUCGUGGUGACUCCAGUUCUGCUGCUGCUGUUUCUCGGCUCGUCAUCCUCUGUUCCCUUCUCCUCCAUCUUCUCUCAGCUCUUCAUGACUGUCGUGGUGCCUCUGAUUGUGGGUCAGGUUUGUCGACGGUUCCUCAGGGAGUUCCUGGAGAGGAAGAAGCCGCCGUUUGGCGCCGUCAGCAGCGCCGUCCUCCUCAUGAUCAUCUACACCACGUUCUGCGAGACGUUCAGUAAUCCCAACAUCGAGCUGGAUCCGACCAGUCUGCUGCUGGUGGUCCUCAUCAUUUUCUGCAUCCAGAUCAGCUUCAUGCUGCUCACGUUCGCCUUUUCUACCACGUCGGGCUCAGGAUUCAGUCCUGCAGACACUGUGGCCGUGAUCUUCUGCGCCACACACAAGUCACUGACUCUGGGUAUCCCCAUGCUGAAGAUCGUGUUCGAGGGCUACGAGCACUUGUCCCUCAUCUCAGUGCCGCUGCUCAUCUACCACCCGUCUCAGAUUCUGCUCGGCUCCGUCCUUGUGCCGACGAUCCGCAGCUGGAUGACGGGUCGACAGAAGUCUAGUCUGUUGUUGAGAUAGGGCCGCAUUCCAACACUGCUGAGCGGUGAAACUGUCGGCCCUUCAGCCGGUCUGACGACGACAUGGUGGAACGUCAGUGUUUUUAUUCGGGGACAGAGCAGAUUUUAAGGUGGAGGGGACACAUUUGUCACACGUGCCUUAAAAAACAAACAAAAAAAACCAAUCAAUCAACGGAGAGACCUCAGCGUGGUGAUGGAGAGUCCAGUUGCCUUGAUUUUUCCUCUUCUCAAAAAUCAACAAAAACUUCUUCUGUCAUCUUCACUUUUAUAUUUAAAAGGAGUUUUAUUUUUCUACGGAGAAUCUAUAAGCAGAGUUACUGGGACCAGUUCUUUUUUUUUUUAAAUGUCCUUUUUACAUUUAUUGAGGUUAUUUUUGUGCGUUAAUUGCUGGUUUUGUCAGUAUUUGUUGACACUGACAGGAUCAGGUAUCACGUGUGCUGUCAGGCGUCAACGUCGGUUUAAGUGAAAGAAUUUUUUAAUGGAACGAAAACGAGACGAGAAUGUGGAUGAAAAGUGCCGUCAGAAACUUUUUUCUCCUCCGUGGCACGGGGUCACAAAGGGCGGGGGGAAAUCCCCAGUAAACGUCCAGAAAUUUUCCAUGGGAUUAAGACCUCUUUUUCGGGAAUUAUUCAGGAAGUCUUCCAAUCUGAAUUUAUUUCUCUAGCACGUUUAAAAACGACCAAGUUGACCAAAGUGUGAUAAUAAAUAAGAGGUCACUUGCUGUUUCGUGGCGAAAUGGCGGCUAAAUUCAAAAUGGCUGACAUCCUGUUCAUGUUCGGGAUCGGUCUCUUGUGUCGUGUAUGAAGUUUCGUGGCGAUCGGUCAAUGUAUGCCGAAGUUAUAGGGGCACUUCCUGUUUUGCAGUGAAUGGUCAAAUUCUCAAAAAAAUGCAGAGGGUUGCCACAAUAGUUACGUGAGUAUUUGCGCGACAUUGGUAAGAAAAAAGAGAAGGAAACAGAAACAGGAAGUCGGACCCCGAGUUACAAAAAUAAAACGUGAAGUCUUGACUGUUAACAGUCAUUUUAGAUUUUUCUCUCUCUCUGAAACGAGGUUUGUGUUUGUCGACAGCAUUCCUGUGACGAGGGGGCGGAGUUAAGUUGACAGGUGAUCCAUGGAGACAGUGAAGUUACAAGAGGAGCCAAAAAACAACCUCCUCUUUCAGAACUUUUCCUGGAGCUGAGCAGGUGUUUUUCUUACGCUAUUUUACUAGCGUAUUGUUUGUGUCCCGAUCAAAUUCACGUGUUUCUAUGUUUUUAUACGAGGUUUGUUGUAUAUGACGUAAACUGCACAUGAGGCUGAAACAUCUACACACACAUGUCAACCUGUAUGCAGAUGAUUCUCUGUUCUACCUUUAAGACACAUUUGUACUGUUAUGUUUGUAAAUCUGUACGCAGACGACGCUCUGCUCUCGCUUAAAAACUGUACGAUUUUAAACAUAAGCACGUCUGUUACAUUCAAACAUUCUCUGCCUGCCGCCACGGAGUCGCCUGUUUUCUCACUUGAUUUUGUCGUUGCUCACUAAGUUUUUCUCUGGGCGUUUGGUUUUCUCCUCCACCUAAGGUGGCCCUGGACGUGCAAACCGUUAUUACACUUUUAAAAAGCUUGAGACAAAUUUUCAGUUUGAAGAUGCGAAACUUAAUUUCACGGAUUCUGUUCCGAUAUAAACAAAAGAGACGCAAACCGAUGACCAGCUGAGUGCACUUUUAACAGUCGUUCAGCCAAGCUUAUGUAGGAAGGGCCACUUCCUUUCAACCCAGCUUUCAAAAUAUGAGCCACUGACUUCGUCUUUUUACUUUUUAACUUUUCCCGCAACGUUCACUGAAUGAGCUCAUUCUGUAAAAUAAUAUACAGGCGGUCUGUUGUCAAGUGUGUCAUUGUACAAAAAAGAAGAAAAGAAUUGAACGCUCACUUUAUCUCUUCCACAGCAGUUGGUACGUUCCUUUUGUGUAAAGGCCUGAGGCUUUUGUACUUUUGUUUCGGGAUUUGUAAAAGUCUUUUACAAAUAACUAGGACUGCACACAGUCACGAUCAAUGUCUCCCUGCAAAUCACCAAAAUGGAAGCCAAGAUUCCAAAAUGGCCAAGUUGAGUCCAUGGUUACAGUCGACUUUUUUGUUCAUCUCGGUCUAUAACAUCUUCCCACCAAGUUUCGGGAAAUUCGGUGGAAUUAAGUUUUGCCUCUGUUUUCACCUGUCGGGGCGCUAUAGAGCCCUUGACUGAGAACUAUGCCAAUUCUUUGAGUUUUUAUUCACGUUAACACGCUCAAAAAUUACGGCAAACCCACAGAUGGUAUUGUACUCUGAAGGAUUGCAAUAGGUGUUCCCACACGGCAGAUUUUACGCGGCAGCGUUAGCUUCCACUCAGUCUUCUAAAGCUCGCCAAAGCUUUACCGGGUGACGUUUGAUGAGGUUAUUGAGUUGGCACACGUGUGGUGUUAAAAUGCUAAAAUCUUCAUUUAUUCUUCUGGUUGUGGGUUUUUGAAAGUCGUCUGAGAGAGAAAAGUGAUUUAUGCGUUAUUUGGAUAAUGAGUCGUGUGAGUCUCAGCCCGUUUGCAUCUCCAGUUUCCGUGACUUUGUUGAUGAAUCUCUUUAAAACAAAGUGCUGCACAUCAGAGAUAAACAAAACACCUAAGAACAAACAAGAAAAGGGAUAAAAACCAAUGUCUCAUACUGGGUCGAAAGCCAGAGAGUAAAAAUGGGUUUUAAGAUGCAUUUUAAAAGUGGACAGUGAAGGGGCGUGGUCUAACAUGCAGUGCAGCGACAGAAAAGUUUAGAUUUAGGUAGCAGCUGAUUAGCUGACCUCAGAGAGCAGGCAGGAAUGUCGGGGUAAGACCAAGGGUUUAAUGUCAAUUUGAAUAUAAAUUUGAAUUUCAAAUGUUGUCACAGACGAAGAAUUGAUGUUUUCCACUUUACUGCCAGUCUCUGUUUACAGUGUCUCUGAUGAGCCGGUAUUAUAUAUUUUUGAGAAAAUGAUGGGGGGGGGCGGGGUUUGUGCUACUUUUCUACGUGUUUAUUUAAAAAAUACUUAUAUGAGUUAAAAAAAAAUAAACCAAAAAGAAAAGAAAAAAA